AUCAACACCCCUCCUUCUCAUCAUUUCUGUAAUAGACCGUCGAGCUGCACGAUCUGCGCCUCUGCAAAUAUGCACGUUUCUGGCUGGAUGGGAUUGACAGUAAACAGCGCAAAACCAGCACAGAAUCCCAGCCCCAACCCCUCCGCACCCCCCACGAGUUGUUAGAGCGCGCGCGUGUGUGUAUAUAUAUGUGCGUGUAUGCGCGUGCGUGGAGCGGGAGGCGGGCUGUGUUUAUCAAAAAUGACUCGACAUGGCCGUGGCUUUGACUCAACAUACACGGCUUUACGAACGACACCCGAGACCGUGAGCAGCUGAGAGAGACUCCGAUCAUCUUGAUGAAAGUCGGAAGUGGCGUUGGGUGGCCAUGGACCCAUUCAGCCAGCUUAUCCUCACCAUCUCGGUGACCAGUUUCCUGACCUUCCAAUGGCUUUUCCACAAAGUCAGCCCCUGGAUGUCUAUACGCAUCAGCCCCAGCUUCCUCAACCUCAGUGACAAGCAGAAGGUGGAGUGGAACUCAAGGACGGUGUCGACGUUUCACGCACUGUUGGUGGGAAUCUUCUGUCUCUACAUCUUAUGGUUUGAUGAUGCUGUCAAUGAAGAUCCAGUGUGGGGAGAUCCUACACUGGUGAAGACUAAUGUUGCCAUUACAACAGGCUACCUCAUAUCUGAUCUGCUGCUAAUAUUUUACUAUUGGAAGGCGAUAGGCGACAAGUUUUUUGUAGUUCACCAUCUGGCAGCGUUGUAUGCUUACUACUAUGUACUGGGCCAAGGAAUGUUGCCUUAUUUUGCUAACUUCCGUCUGCUUGCUGAGUUUUCUACUCCGUGUGUGAACCAGCGCUGGUUCUUUGAGGUACUAGGAUAUCCCAAGUCCUCCCGACCCAACAUGGCAAACGGUGUUGCCAUGGCAGUAGUGUUUUUCAUGGUCCGCAUCGCCGUCAUGCCGGUCUACUACAGUCGGAUGUAUGCGGUCUACGGCACCGAGGCCUUUUACCUGGUGCCGUGGGGAGGCCGGUUAGCCUGGAUCUGCUCCAGUAUCUGUUUGGACAUCAUGAACAUUAUGUGGAUGCAUAAGAUCGCCCGCGGCUGCUACAAGGUGCUGCGCUCGGCACGCCGGAGCAAAGCUGACACACCUCAGGAGAAUGGUAAGACGGACUAAAAGGAGCGGAGACGAUGAAAUAACUGCAUCACAGACAGAAUGAUGUCACUCCUUUUGCAUUGGCGAGAAGCAUCCUGGACCUUUGACCUUUGUCAGGCUGCUACAGUAGCAGCUCACCUGGGAAGAGCAACAUUAUCGGAUCGAAUGUAAUAAGGGAAAGUGAGGUUUUGUUGAAUUCGGGCUCGGCCAUUGAGACAUGAGCCAAUGGACCGCUAAACUGGCCCUCCCUAAGCCAUGAAACAACCUCUUAGCAAUACUCUGUGUGCAUGGCCAAUUCCUUUUCUCUUGAACAGUUCACCAAUACACAAAAGAGGUUGUUGUGGACAAUGGACUGUUGCGUCCACACACAAAUUGUCACAAAGUUUACCGUUCUUCAUCAUAUUUUGUGCUCCUUUAAAAAACUUUUCACUUUUUUUUUUUCUUUUUGUAAAGUUAUUCUUGCCGGAAUCCCAGAAUUACAAUGUCAUUAAAGAAAUUCAUAUUGAUGUUGAUUCAAAAAUGUAAGGGAACACAAACGGGUCGGUGCCACAAAAUGUUUGUUUUUUGAGGGAAUAACAGGAGUCACUGCUCUUCUCCACUAAAUAAGCAAUUUUACCAUUAUUUUCCAGCGACGUCCCACAUAAUUAAAAUGAAUCAAAUAUAAUUGCAGAGAAGAGUAAAUGCAAAUAAAUCAUUUCUCUACUCACUGUCAUUUAAUUUAGAUGUUAAUUUAUUAAGCAGCCAUUAAGGAGUUUAUUGGAAAACUGUGAGUCUUGUUACUGUGAGUAACGCCUGCAUUUCGGUUUAUUAGUGCAAUGGUGUACUUGUUUUGUCUUGCUGGGUUCAAGGCGAAUCGGUUUAGAAAUGCAGCAAGAAAAAUAAGCUUUUCAUGAAGAAAUGCUUAAAAGGGAAACUGAAUGUUAAUGGUGUGAGUGUGAGUGUGUGUACAUGGACAUGAAGCAAUGUAGGAACAUAACAUUUCCACAAAGAUGAACAGAAACAAUAGUGAACAGCAAAUGUUAGUCCAUGUAAUUUAAUGUGCAUACAGCUUGAUAUCUCACAGUCUUACAGUAUCACAUUGCACAGACAAAGAUGUUUUAUUGACUUCUUGGUGGAAGACAGUAUCACAUUUAUUUCACAGUGUGCAAUGCAUGUUAAACGGUGAAACAGGUGUGAAGUGCCGUUUCAAAAAUGUUGUCCAUUUGUGGAAGAGGUGAAAUAUAGAAGGCUGUAUGAGUGAAGGCUUUGAAACAUUUAUUUACACCAAGAGUUUUGGUGGGAGAUGUUUUGGACUCAGACACUCACUUCUCUGCCUCCAUCAUCUGGCAGGUUUUAUGUAAUAUUCACACUUCAUAUUAAAUUGUCUUUUGUGGGAAAAAAAAAAAACUGCUUUAAUUUCAACCCUGGGCAACAUUUGCUGACGAGCUGCAUGCCACUGUAUGUGUGAUCCACGACGGAAGUGGGAAUUUUAAUACAGCAAAGUAAAUUCAGUACAUGCUUUUAAUGCAUUUUGUGUUUUGUUUUCAUUAUGUAAACUCAGAUAUUAGUUGAGAACAUUCUGAGUCAAACAGGUUUAUAAUGUUUGAAAGAAUUGUAAUACAUGAAAGUAACUCUCAGUAGAUAUGUUUUUUCAGCCGUUUUUCAUGACGUACACUUUUAUAUUUAUACAUCUGAUGGGUACAUGAUGGUGUUUUGUUUUCUGUGGACAUAAAUAUUCUGUUAAGUUCAUAGAUUUCCUUGUUAAAAUAUUGCCCCUUUGCCUCACUCUAUUGACUUAACUCCUUAAGCAUUUUUACAGGUGUAAUUUUGUUCACAUUAUAAAUCCUCACUAAGUUAAAAAAAAAAAAAAAACAUGUACUUGAAUUUUCAUUGUAAAAGGAUCUUCGUAUACGCUGUACAUCAGAAGCUUCUGUAAAAUGUUUUGUGAAACAAGCAGGGAUCGCUAGAUUUUAAAAUACGCCUUGAGAUAUGUUGAGCAUUUGAUUUUGUUGCCUUUUUAAAAACCAGUUAUGAUUGCACAGUGAAUAUUUUGUUCAACCUCACUCCUCACAGGGCUGAAAAAUGUCAUUUUUUUUCAGUCGUUUUGUUUCUUUUUCACAUGCUUUUACCGUGUCUGACACCUAUCUAAUGUGAUUAUUUGGCCUUUGUAACAGACCAGUUUGUAAAACUUGGUUAUUUAGUGCUUUUUUUAAUGGUUUAACAAGAUUUAUGCCAGUGCUUGUUAUUUUUUUUCUACUCCCUUGUGAAGACAGUGGAGGAUCCUAUUUCGUUUAUCUUUCUUUUCUUUAUACAACAGUGCCAACUUGAUCAAUUCUGUUCACUUUACCAACUCCGCAUACUGUUCCCUUGCCACAGUACGACAAGGCACAGUUUAGCUCGGUGUGUGUGUGAAAGACUCCUUUCAGUUACACCAUUGAAAACAGUGUGUUUGGAGCAGGAUGGACUUGACAACUUAUAAGGGGUGGAUGUCAUCUACACGAGGAUAUCACUUUCUCACAUCUUAGAAAAAGAUUCAGGAUGUGGUGUCUAUUUCACUGGAGUUAAAUGGAAACCAUGCAAGGAUUUUAAGGACACUCCUGGUGGAGACAUAGGAGUGGUACUGUAUGCAAGGUUAUGCAUGGUCAAUAUGGUCUUCAUGCACCCUCUAUAACUGCAUGUUGUAUUGCAUGGGGAUUGCACUGUAAACAAAAUAGCAUAUACAUUUGCAAGACAAUUUUUUUAGUACAUGUACAUAAUGUUUACUUAAACGUUAUUCUUGUACUGUGCCACAUAAUGUAACCCACAGAUGAUGAUAACUGAUGUGAUUUAAACGUCAUAAAGCAGAUAUUUAGCAUAAUAUCCAGCACAGAAAUAAUCAAUAAGGGAAUACUUGAAUACUAAUCAGCACAGUUUAUAACAAUCUGGGCAGUGCAAAUAAACAUUAAUCCUACAAGCAUCUUGCAUCUUAUGCGUACCAUUGUCUUUAAUUUAUUAAUCCAUGAUAAGUAGACAUAAAACAAUGCAGAUGCCUAACGAUGCAUGGCACUGCCGGUUUUCGCUGUUUUUGUUCUGAAUGUUGUAAGGAAGAGAGAUGUGAAUAGAUGGAUGUUUAGUGACAUUCUAUGAAUGUAUUGAAAAAGAGAAAAUAUUUGUCAUUUACAUUUUCACUUGUUCUUACAAUAAAUACCAAAUUACUGA